AUGGCAAAUGCUCGACAUCACUCUAAAAUAAAUGAUAUUGAUUUACAAGAACAUGUCAAUAAUUCUCUUCCGAUUCCACUUAUGUCAAUUAUUAUUGCGCCAACUGAAUAUUCUCAUACACAAUCUGAAUCAAAUGCAACAUCAAUUGAUAAACCAAUAUAUUCAUCUUCAACAGCGUCUAUUUCAUUAUCCGAUGAUAAUAUUUUAUCAACAUCAACAUUAUCUAAUCGAUUUGAUAUUUCAAAACUUCAUUUUGCUCAUGUAAUUAAAGUUCCACAUGGUACAAAUCUUAUUGCAUCUGAUAAUCAAUUAACAACAGUAUGUAUUAAUUCAAUUGGAAAUAUAAUUCAUCUUAUUACACCUACGGGUUAUUAUAUUCGAUCAUCAAGAUGGCCUGAAACAGAAAACAAGAUUUUGAAUUUACUUUGGUGUGAAAUAUUACAAGUUUAUCUUGUUUCAACAUCGAAAAGUCUUUAUACACUUAAAUAUGAUUCAAAUCAAAUGCUUCUAGUUAAAAAAUCACUUGAUUUUCCUGAUUAUUAUUUAUCUAAUAAGGUAUUCAUUGCUUGUAAUUCAUAUCGUCUUUAUAUUCAUGAUCAAUCAUCAAAAUUAAUUGAUGUUUAUACUCUUCAAUUUAUUCAUUUACAUACAAAACAAUUACCCGAUUGUCUUAUUAAUAAUCAAAUCAAAUCAUUUUCUUGUUCUGAUUCAUUUCUUAUUUUACAUUACGAACAAAUUCCUAAUAAACUUAUUAUAUUAGAUCCAAUAAUAAUGACAAUUAAAUAUGAAUUUGAUUUAUCAUAUAAGACAAUUUCAUCUAUACGAUGUUUUGAUAAUGAAUAUACAUUAGUAUUUAUUGGUAUUAGACAAGAUGGAGAAAAUCGUUUAGUUUUUUUAAAUUUUGAAUAUAUAAAUAAAGAAAAUAAAAUACAAGAAAUAAUCGUUGAAAAAGCUAUUGAACAUAAUGAAGAAUUUGUUUGUCUUUUACCGAAUUGUCAAGAUCUAAUGAUACUCAAUCUAAUUGCUGCUCGUGUACAAUAUUUGAAAUAUUGUUCUUAA